CUCCGGAGCUCGCGCUGACGUCUCUACACAACAAUAACACGCGCCCGGCCGACCGGCGACCGCCAUUCAUAGCCAGUGCCAGUUGCAAGUGCAGUGCCCGAGCACGUGAGCCACGGACAUGUAAAUAACGGAGCCCGGUGACACCGCCGCCUCGGACAUGUGGCACGACGGAGAUGUACGCAAGAUGAAAUAACAAGUGGGAGUGGUGACCCCCGGCAUGCGGUCGGGGGAGGGAGGCGAGGGCUCGGAGCUGGCGGAGUUCGGCGCGCGCUGGCCGCCGUACGGGCAGGGCCCCGGCUACGGCUGGACGGCGCGCUCCGCCACGCCGCAGCACCCACCGCAGCACCACCUGGCGCGCCACUCGCGCUCGCAGCAGUGGUUGCAGGACAACCGGCACACGAGCUACGAGGCGGAGGACGCGCGGGCGCGCGCGCGCGGCGGCGUCUACUACUCGCCGCCGGGCACCUCCUACACCAUCGUGGAGCGGCCGGCCUCCUCGCACGGCCACCAUGCGUCCUACUCGCAACACUACUCGGGGAAACUCACCCGGCAACCUUAUCUUGGUUCUUCCACUAUAGGCAAUAGUGCAGCAGGUGCAACAAGUCUUCGCAACAGCACUUCUCACCUGAGCGCGGCGAACGGCAAGAAGCGGCCGAUCUCGCCGGAGCAGGUGCUGCGGCUCUUCGGGCAGGGCGGUGCCGCGGCGCUCGGCAAGGCCCUGCCGCCGUCACACCCGCCCGCUCGCAGACACUCACCCGCCUCCAGCCCUAGCAGCACCACGCACCAUGCGAUAUAUCGGGGCGGCGAGCGGGAGCGCGAGCGGCCGUACUCGUCGGGCGGCGCGCCGGCGCACCCGCCGGAGCCGGCCACGCGCACCGUCACCAUGAGCCGGGACCCCGCCGACUCCCACGGCUUCGGCAUUUGCGUCAAAGGUGGGAAGGAGGCAGGUGUCGGAGUGUACAUUUCGCGUGUGGAGGAGGGCUCGGUGGCGGAGCGCGCCGGGCUGCGCCCCGGCGACUCCAUUCUUCAAGUCAACGGCACUCCGUUCUCUGGCAUUUCGCACGAGGACGCGCUCAAGAUGCUGAAGUCAUGUCGGCAGUUGACAAUGACGGUGCGCACGGCAGGCGCCCUGGUGGGGCGCGCGUCGUGCUCAUGGAUGGACCGCUACGGGCGGCCCGCGUCGCCGCCGCCGCCGCGCCAGUCGCGCUCCGCCAGCAAGGACCGCUCGAUACGCAGGGUGGACCUCUGUAUCGAGCCGGGGCAGUCGCUCGGACUGAUGAUACGAGGUGGCCUGGAGUACAACCUUGGCAUCUACAUUACCGGCGUCGACAAGGACUCGGUAGCCGACAGAGCUGGUUUAAUGGUGGGCGACCAAAUUCUGGAAGUGAACGGGCAGUCGUUCGUGGACGUGACGCACGACGAAGCCGUCGCACAGCUCAAAUACCACAAGCGCAUGUCACUGCUAGUACGAGACGUGGGCAAGGUGCCGCACGCGUGCACAGCCUACGGGGAGCGCGAUGCAACACCAAGAAUAAGCGGUUGGGGCAAGCGAAGAGGCGCGGCAUCGACAGCAGUGGAGCAGAAAGCGCGUUCUCUACUGCCGCAGAGCGACCUACCCGCGCUAGCGUACUAUAUGGAGGAGUACGCUGCGCGGCGGCUCACCACUGACGCCUUCCUCACCGUGCUGCGGGACUUGCUCGACACUCCACAGAAAUAUACUCUCCUAACGGAAAUACGAGAAUUCAUGCUACCUGAAGAUCGGCCGAGAUUCGAUGAACUAGUCUACAGGCGAGGCGACGAACCUCCCGAUCACCAUUUAAAGCGCGGGGCUGAAAGACACAUGCUGCCCUCAUCGACGAUGCACGAUUUGCACGACGCGGAGGGGCCGCCGGAGGCGCCGCUCGUGGCCGACCACCGCUCGCCCUCCGAGGACUCCGGCUUGGGCCUGCCGCCGCACGACCACGCCUACAGGAGCGGGCGCCCGUGGCGGCCGGCCGACGCGCCGCCGGCUGACGACGACUUGGAACCACCGCACGAGGAAUACGAAGAAGAAGGACGGCGGUCGCGGCGGCACUCUUCGCCAUGCAAUUCUCGAGAAGGCAGCACGACCGCGUUGCACACUCAGCAUUACGAUGAACAGUGCGGCUAUCUCGAGGGGCUGCGCUCAUCACUCGGUGGCUGGACGCAGAAAGUUAAAUCAUGGUACUGGGGACGCCCACUAGAGUUGGCGCACAAGUUGUCUCGAAGUUUCGACAUGAAGGAAGACGGCGGAGCGCUGGCAGAGGACCGGGGCGGGAUUCGACGGCACCAGUCCAUGCAGCGACUGCAGCAUGAGGCUGGGGACGAGGCGCGCGCGGCACGCGUCGUGCCCGACCACCACGGCAAUCUGCACGUCACCGUUAAGAAGACCAAGCCGAUCCUCGGCAUCGCUAUAGAAGGCGGCGCCAACACUAAGCAUCCGCUGCCUAGAAUUAUAAACAUACACGAGCACGGGGCAGCGUAUGAAGCGGGUGGCCUAGAAGUUGGUCAGCUGAUACUGGCCGUCGACGGACACAGGGUGGAAGGUCUGCAGCACCAGGACGUGGCGCGGCUGAUCGCCGAGUCCUUCGCGCAGAGGGACAAACCGGAGAUCGAGUUCCUAGUGGUCGAAGCAAAGAAAUCGAACCUGGAGCCGAAGCCGACCGCGCUCAUUUUCCUGGAGGCCUAACAUCUACUGUCCCUCCCCGCCAGCGACCCCCCGGCCGCGCUGGGCACCGCGACCUCGGGGGCCGACCUCAUCGCGCACACCACGGAAUAGCCAACUCCAACCUGCGCUGCCACAUGCUUUUCUAAACGCGUUUCUGAAGCCCCGAUACCUCGCCGAUAAAUAAACAUCCACAUGAUUGCGUGUGCGUGAGAUGUGUACGAGUAUUUUACACGAAAUCAUUGCGCGGGGUACGGAACAGAGACGUGCUCUACAUGAGAUCCGAUUCGGAUUAAUGUUGAACAUCGACACUGAUAUUGACCCCACGUUUCGACGAUGACGAGAGAUACGGAAACUGACGCAGGUAAACUGGUAGGCUAUAACAAAAUUAAUGGCACAAGGGAGGCAAUCUAAUUUUGUACACCGCGACGAAAUGUCCGAAACUAUGAUGAAUUAGUUACGAAGCACUACUGCCCGAAAGUUUUUAACCUUUUCUUACAAAAUGAAUCUCCCUUAUUUCUAAAGGGAGUUUCGGGUAGUCUGAGAGGUUUUGUAAAUUAUUUUCUAGAAUUAGUAAUUAAACCAAUUUUAACAGUAGUCAGCGACUGAAUUUUAUAAAAAAUUAAACCCUACUUUUACUAACUACGAUAAGUUCAUCUUAAAAGGUCACACAUUUAAGCGUUCACGGUAAAAUUCGCAGUAAGUUCAAUAAAUUCAAUUCCGUAACUAAUUAAAAUAGAACUAGAAUAUGAAGAAGUGACGAUAACAUAGAUCUUACGAUGUUCAGUUUUGAGGCGAAUUGUGCUGAUAUAAAAAUGAUUGGCAUUGGUGCUAUGGAAAGUGGUAAUUUAGCAGUUUCCACUUUCCGGAUCAUAUACAUUGUAGUUUCAUUAGGGAUUCGAUUAGUGCUUGGUCAGUAUCAUAGCAUUUCAUGAGAAAAAUUCACUCGAGAGCGUCAUCCAUGUGCCAUCAGAGUUGCGUUAGCGUUCGGGAAGUGCAUCCAGCAGCGGUUUGGCUUGGCGUCACCGCAGUAGCGCAUCGUCAUAUGUCAUGUGUCAUAUGUGUCAUGUAGAGAGAGCUUGCAGCACAGCGCACUCCCCUAAGCAAGCUGUUCCACACUUACACAACCCUUCAUUCUAUUAACUCGAUUAUAGAUUGAUUUUAUUUUAAGCAUAGAAGAAGAAAUAACUAAUAAAUAGUCCAGUAGCCACAUAACCUAUGGCAGGGUCAUCAAUUAGAUUCUUUAGGGGUUCCGUUUUUAAAAUAAAAUGACAAUUACGAUCCGUUUUUACUUGAGCUUAUUAAAUAAGAACAUUUUAUAGUACAGCACAAAAUAGGUUGGCGGUUCAAAUCCGGACCGCGGUCCGCAACUGGUCACCCCUAUGCCAUCGUUUGCCAUCCACUUUAGAUGCCAUAAUUGAACUUGGAAUACAUUGCUCCCAUUUGUACGUUUUUUUACUUCUUCGUCUAUGAUUUUAAGUAAAUAUGUUUAAUUUAUAAUGUUUGUACAUUUAGCAUCCGCAAGUCGAUGUAUAUGAAACAAUCGUAGAGUUAGUAUUUCGUUGUGCUUGUUCAGUUUGCUUGGCGGCUCCAUCAGUGCGACAUGUCAUUCCAUCGGGUAGUAAGCGGUGAGUUUACGAAAUUAUGGCGGAGAGGGAUUUAAGCCCGCUCUUUUAUUUAUACAUAUUACCUAGUUAUAAGUAGAUAUCUAAAUGAAUGUGUGCAAUAUAAUCAAAUGUUACGUUAGGUGUUAGAGUCAAUAAACAUUGCGAUGCUGUAGGCUUGGCGAAGCAAGGAUAUAUUGCCGGAGCGUUUUGUUAUUAUAAUCCUAGAUAGGUGUGUUCAUCAAACUCGAUCAAUUGCAUAUUCAUGUGGGAAAAGAAAGUUUCGUGAUGUGUGCAGCAUCGCGCAGCAUACUUCCGAUGUAUCGAUGUGCGUGUUGCUAGUGCUUCAAUUAUAACAAACAGCUGUAGAUAUUGUACACGUUCCAACCGGUGUUAAUAUAUAUACAUGUAUAAACUGAGACAAGCUAUGUAUGUCGUACUAUUUAUUUGAAAAUUAUACAUCCGUUCUUGAUUUUCUGGACAUACAAUUUGUGUUAUUUAUAUCAUUGUAAAUAUAUAUAUCAGUAUUUACUCAUAAGCUGUAAAUAUCAGGUUUGAACGUUUUGUAUAAUAUAAAAUUUAAAAUAAAUAUUUAUUGAAGUUAGUGCCAAAAAGCAUUCUACAAACCGUGGGGGCGGCGCGGCGCGGCGCGGGCUGGCCGGGACGGAGCGCGGCGCGGCGCGGCGCGCGGCUCCCUCGUGGCUAGUUUUCUACGUCUAUUACUCUACCAAUUGCAGAAUUCACCAAAUACGCUUUUGACUGUUAGAAUUUGGUCAACAUCAAAUACCGCGUCAUAAUUGAUAUUUAUGUAAAUGAAUUGUAUCACUUUGCAUCCCUAGUUAGAUAUUUGAAAAUUAUGACAAAUAUUUUUUCACAUUAUACACGACACGCGUGUAGAUUUCAUGGAAAAGGUGGAAAAACAAAUUAUAGUCAUUUUCUGAUGUUAACCACACGUGGACAUCUGCCUUUUGAAACCUUACAAUUUUACCUUUAUCUAUACUUAAAACAUUAAAAAUAAACAGAAUAUGCACUGAGACAACUAUAUUUUGUACGUGUAAUUAUAAUUAAUUUUAACAUGUAUCUAAAUUAUAUUUAAAAUUUAUCUAAUAAGUUUGUAUGAUUACCUACAUAUAAGCGAACAUCGUAGGCGCGGCGGGCACGCCCCGGCCUCUGAGUCAAUUUGUCAUUUACGUAAAACACUAUAUCAUUUUCAAAGUAAAUCCAAAAGCAAUUUUAAUGUAGAUAAAUAAGAAUUAUUUUUACUAGAACUACAACAAAUUACCUGUACAAUUAAAUAACUUUGGAUUGUAAUUAGGUUUGUCGCCUGACUUGUUUACCAACAGUUUGUAAUAGCAACGGCACGCGGCCGCACCGCGCGAGACCGCAGGCGCCGGCGCAAGCUAAGCUAACUCACUAAAAUCCUAUUAUAAUACCUAAUUAUUGUAAGCCGUCCAUUUAUGUUCGCGAUUAUUUGAACGUUAAUAUAUUUGUAGUAGCGGCUUAUUAGCUGCGCAACCUUAAAUUUGUCCUCAAUGUGUUGGUAAGCAUUUCAUAAAAGACAUUGUAUCGCAAAGUUUUAUCUUUAGCGCAGGUUUGGUUGAAAAGAUCUAUGUUGUAGUCUGUUGUUAAGUUUGUCGUUGAUGACAAAAAUAUAUUGUUAUCUAGAUA